UCACCGCCCUAAUCACUAACACACUGACGUUUUUCCUCGCUUUUGUUGAUAUUUCACGAGUUUAUUGGUCAUGUGUUCGACGUGGACGUGUGUGUUUAGCCGGGGUGUCCACCAAAUCUCGUAAUAAAUCCGUCAUAGAGUGAGUAGUCAUCGUAGAAAAUAGACUAGUGCCACACUCCAAAGAUUAGUUCACACAAUGUUUAUCAACACGAGAUGUUGUUUCCUCCUGUGGAUGUUUGUUUGGGGAUGUGCGGUGGGACAUUCCGAUAAGGCUCUCGAGACUGUUGAUCCGAUGAGCAAACAGGAUUACGUGGACCCGCACUCCUUUUAUUACAGCAGACAUGACCAAAAGGAAGUGGAGAGAGCAGUUGCAUCCGUCAAAAGACAAUCACAGUCACCAACUUGUAGGGAAAUGUUUAAUGAUUGCCUCAGGGGGAAUUUAAAAGACGUUCCUGAUGAACUGUUCUCACGUAGAUUAAUCAAUAAAUUGUUAUCAAUAGCCACUUUUGAGGAAGAUGACGAUCUCUUCAUCGGUAACAUCGUCAUAGAGCUGACGAGGGCCGAGUUAUUAAGACUGAAAAGCUUCGGUCUUGGUAAGGCCACAGUGCGAGACAUAGAUGCCAUGAUUUCCAAUAUUUUUCGUGCCCCAAAGACAAAUGUUUUUAUGGAUAUUUACUCAAUACUGCAGGGUUUCUCAUUGAGAACCCAUGGGGUUUAUUCCUCAUACAUUUGGCCAUACAAAGAACUUAUUCUUGCAUUUGUCGCAGUGGUGCAGCUCAUGUGGCUGCUAGUGAGAACCACAUGGACGUAUUUCAAGAUGUUUUUCAUGUUUUUAGUCAUUGUAUUUAUUGCUAGUUUCAUUAUCACAUACCUCCAACUUCUAAAGGAAGCGGAAAUAAAACUGACAGCCAAGCAGUUUCGUUUCAACGAAAUGCCAGCGAACUGUCAGCCCCAUAAAAUGUCUUGGUAUCAGAAACUCUUCUCAUUUUUCACUUCUGAUGACCAUUGUAUCCAAUAUUACGAAGCAGUGAUGGAAGACCACAGAUUCCAUGUGACCCCAGCUCAAGUAUUAUCUCGAGUAAUAGGUACAUUGAUUCUGGAGCCAGCUGGAUUAAUCGGAAGAGCUUUUGCUGAUUUUGUUUAUCAUUCCACACAUCGCAUGUCGUCACCAGUCCAGUGGAUUCUCCAGCCCCUGCUCCUCAUUGCAACAAUCGCAGCUGUAAUAAUAGGAAUAGUUUUUGUGUUGAGUACAUUCUUCAAAUCCCUCGCACUGAGUCCAUUUUCAUUCCUCUGGAACAUGAGAACAGGACACUCUCACCAAGCUCCCAGGAAUAUUACCAGUAAGGGAAUGAGAGAGCCCAUCGAAGUUAUCUUGAACUUAAAAGUGUCGACAGAUACCCCAGGACCAGCGGCAAUUACCCACAGCGGAGGUAGUCAGCAGCUCCCGAAAAUAGAAGAUAAAAAAUCAGAGCCGCUGAAGGAAUUGGGACGUUCUCCUGGUGGUGACGCAGAUCAAAUGAAUUCUUCAUUAGGAAAAGGAGAGUCUCUGCGAAAUUCAUCCAAGAUUGAUGACAGAUCCAAGGACGAAAUAGUUCAUGAGAUUAAUCAUGCUGGUGGUGAUGCUGCCUCCAAGAAUGUCAGACGAAGGAAGAGGGGGAACAACCCUAUUGCUGUUGAAACGACUGACACUGAUGAUAACUGAAUCGACUAACUGUGCAUGAUAACAUAUUUAAAUGGCUUUUCCAAGAAUCUAAUGAAAGAUUGUGUACCUGUGAUAUAACGCUCGAGGCAUUCUCGAAUUUAUUCAGUCGAUCGAUUUAUUGAGACGAUUGAACGUCGAAUUCUCCUUUAUUUUGGACGUAGAAAUGUAAGAUAAUUAUGUCGCCUUCGGUUGUAUGAAGGAUUGAGCUGUCUGAGAUGAUGAAAUUAUUCAUCAGGAAUUGAAUCUGUAUUUUUAGUA